GUUGAAGCUAUCCUUUUUUCGAACGCCCUAGUUAGUUAGCAUCUUACCACAAGCCCAGCGCGAAGAACAACACCACGCAGUCGACACCGACACCACCCCCGGCCAUCACCCCCCGAAACUGCCGCCCAGCAUGCCCACAGAACACCACGGCAUCACCUCGGCCGAGGUGCAUGCCAAAAUCAAGCUCCUGAUCAACGCCAUGGUCAACAUCCGCGACACCACGGGCGAGUUCCUGCUGACGCUGCCGGACGGGCGGGUGAUCGACACCAAGGGCUGGCACGACUGGGAGUGGACGCACGGCAUCGGGCUGUACGGCAUCUGGCAGUACUACACGCUGACAAACGACGCGGCGCACCUGGACGUGAUCGAGGCCUGGUUCCGCGACCGGUUCGCGGCGGGCGGGACGACCAAGAACAUCAACACGAUGGCGGUGUUCCUGACGCUGGCCUGCGUGUACGAGCGCACGCGCAACCCGGCCUACCUGCCCUGGCUCGACGCCUGGGCCGAGUGGGCCUACCACGACCUCGCGCGCACCCGCCGCGGCGGGAUGCAGCACGUCACCUACCUCGAGGAGAACGCGGGCCAGCUGUGGGACGACACGCUCAUGAUGACGGUCCUGCCGCUCGCCAAGAUCGGCGUCGUCCUCGGCCGCCCCCACUACGUCGCCGAGGCGAAGCGCCAGUUCCUCCUGCACGUGCAGUACUUGGGCGACGUGAAGACGGGCCUGUUCUUCCACGGGUGGCAGUUUGCCGAGGAGGGGCCCGGCGGGCACCAUUUUGCCACGGCGCGGUGGGCGCGCGGGAACAGCUGGGUGACCAUCGCGGUGCCGGAGUUCCUGGAGCUGCUGCGGGAGGCGGGCAUGGCGGACGAGGCGUUGGAGGAGUUCCUCAAGAGCACGCUGCAGGCGCAGUGCGAGGCGCUGCGGCCGCUGCAGGUGGCCUCGACGGGGCUGUGGCGGACGCUGCUUGAUGUGCCUGAGGAGGAAGGCUCGUACCAGGAGGCGAGCGCGACGGCGGGGUUUGCGUUCGGCGUGCUGAAGGGCCAGAGGAAGAGGUAUCUCGGGCCCGAGUUCGAGGACAUGGCGGUGAAGGCCGUGAAGGGGGUGCUGGCGAACAUCAGCGAGGAGGGCGAGCUGCUGAACACGUCGUUUGGCACCGGCAUGGGCCGCGACCUGCAGCACUACAAGGACAUUCCGGUGACGAGCAUGCCCUACGGACAGGCCAUGGCCAUAAUGGCCUUGGUAGAGUUCGCGAGGAGAUUUAUCUGAGCAACUUCUUUGUACAUGUUGUCACCGAUGUAUCAAAUAGACCCGAGGGACGUCAAAAAGUCCUUGUCCCAACGCCAACGAGCAUGU